AUGAACGAACUCAUUCCGAAAGUUCGUACCCCAUCGCGUUCCCUGGGGAGGCGAACCGGUCUAGCCAGUGCGGCCGGUGGGACUUCGAAGGCACGGGCGAGAAGGGGAGGGGGAAGGGGAGCCGCGGGAGCGGCGGGGGUGGUGGCGGCGGCGGCACGCGGGCGCAGGCGGGCGGCGGGGCAGCCCGCGGCUCCCUCCCCCUCCCCCCGCCCCGCCCCGCGCCGCGCCGGGGUCCUGCCGUCUUGGGUCCGGCUGCGCGCGGAGCGGGCUCCGGAGGGAAAGUCCCGAGACAAAGGGAAGCGUCGCCGUAGCCACCGACCAUCCGGGCACCUUCUGCCUCGAUCCGGGACACUUGCCGGGGGCCGCGGCCGCGCUGAGGUGAGGCGACCCUCUCUGGGCCGGGUCGGGCCGAGCUGGGCCCAGCAGCGGCGGCAGCAGCAGCGCCGCUUCCCUCCUCCCUCCUGGCGAGGCCCGGCCCGGCUCGGCCCCAUUCCCUCCUCUUAUUCGUACCCGCCUGAGGCUGCGGCCAUCGGGCCCGGACCUGGCCUGGGAAAUGGAGCGGGGCUGACCGGGCUUUCGGACUCCAGAGACCGGCUGAGAGCUGGGACGCUUCUCUCUCCGGGGACCGGGCCUGGCCACCUCGGCGAGUCUGUCAGCCCCUGA